CUUUCUUUCUUUCUUUCUCUUCUUUCUUCUCAAUCAUUCUUUUCCUCCAACAACAACAACAAUAACAACAAACACAAAGUCAUAACCCCAAUUCUCUCUUUCUCUCUCUCUCUCUCUUGGAUCACAGAAACCAAACACACACAACACAUCGCAGAAACAACAACUUCGUCGAUACCAGAAAGGGUGAAUCACCACCCUCUCAAACCCAACCCAAAACCAUGGUUGAAACUAGACGCAGUUCUUCCCAAUCCUCAACCAAACGCACCCUCUCUUCGCCUUCUCCUUCUAACCCCAACAAAAGAUCAAAGGUUUCUACCAACACCACAGAGGAUGCAUCGUCCACGACGCUUCCUGUUGCUGCUGCUCCUCCUGUGAACGAAUCUGGACCCGGGAAUGAUGAUCUACCCGAGACGGCGUCGUUGAAGGCCGUUGAUGCUUGCAGCGAUGAUGUUUUGCCAGAAACUUUGUCGUUGAAGGCCACGCCUCCUUCUUUGCCGGCGGCAGAAGGGGAUGAUUUGGUGACGCCUCAGUCCAUAGGUGAGGAUGCGGUGGAUGGAGAGAAAUCAAGUGCUGCGGCGGCUUUGGCGGCGGCUGCUGCUGCCGGCCGAAUGAAGAAGCGGUCAGUGAAAUCGAAAUCAGGACCUAAGACAGCAUGGGGGAAGCUCCUUUCUCAGUGUUCUCAGAUUCCUCACCAGCCUAUGUGUGAUCCUACCUUCACCAUUGGCCAAGGUCGUCAGUGCAAUUUAUGGCUUAAAGAUCCAACUGUUGGCAAUAUUUUGUGCAAGUUGAGCAACAUCGAGCGUGGAGGUUCACCUGUUGCAUUACUGGAAAUCACAGGAGGCAAAGGUGCUGUUCAAGUUAAUGGUAAGACCUAUCGCAAGAAUGCACGCCUUAUAUUAAGUGGAGGUGAUGAGGUGGUCUUCGGUUCUUCUGGCAAGCAUGCUUAUAUCUUUCAGCAGCUCACAAAUAAUAAUGUUGCUACCACUGGCAUACCUUCUUCUGUGAGUAUUUUAGAAGCUCAGAGUACUCCAGUGAAUGGAAUGCAAGUUGAAGCUAGAUCAGGGGACCCUUCCGCUGUUGCUGGAGCAUCAAUAUUAGCCUCAUUAUCUAAUCUUCAUAAAGAUUUAGCUCGCCUUCCGCCUGCUGCUAAAGCUGGCAAGAAUGUCCAACAAAACACAGAUGCUUCAUCACUACCUUCUGGCAAUGGGGAUGGUGUUCGAGACAAUGAAGUGAAGGAUAUCACCAAUACCGACGAGCAAACUGGAGCUGUUUCUGCUGAGAAAACUGUUCUUGCAUCUUCUGCUAUUGGUAACGAAAAUCCUAGUGUUGACACCAUGGAGGUUGAUGCCAAUGUGGAUACAGAUGCUGGGAAGAUGGCUGCUGCUGCUACCUGUGAAUUAAGGCCGUUGCUGCGCAUGCUUGCUGGUUCAUAUCCUGAUUUUGAUUUAAGUAGUAGCAUUACAAAGAUAUUGGAGGAGCGAAGGGAAUUAAGAGAACUUCUUAAAGAUGUUGAUACCCCAGCAAUAUUGGCAUCAACCAGGCGGCAAGCUUUUAAGGAGAGUUUACAACAAAGAGUUCUUAGUGCUGACAAUAUUGAUGUCUCAUUUGAAAGUUUCCCAUACUAUCUAAGCGAUACGACAAAGACCGUUUUGAUUGCUUCGACAUAUAUUCAUUUGAAGUGUAAUGGCUUUGGAAAAUUUGCCUCAGACCUCCCCUCAGUGUCCCCACGGAUAUUGUUAUCUGGACCUGCAGGUUCGGAUAUAUAUCAGGAGACUCUUGCCAAGGCACUUGCAAAGCAUUUUGGUGCAAGGCUACUAAUUGUGGAUUCUCUUUCACUACCUGGUGGAACUCCAUCAAAGGAAGUUGAUUCUGCUAAAGAAAGUUCAAAGCCUGAACGACCAUCUGUGUUGGCCAAGAGAAGUACACAUGCUGCUUCUUUAAAACAUAGUAAACCAGCUUCUAGUGUUGAUGCUGAAAUUGUGGGUGGAUCCACAAUAAGUUCUCAGGCUAUGCUGAAGCAGGAGGUUUCUACUGCUUCAUCAAAAGGCACUACUAUUAAAACAGGUGAUCGAGUAAAAUUUGUUGGUAACUUCCCUUCUGCUGUCUCAUCAAUACAAAAUUUUCCUUCAAGGGGACCAAGCUAUGGCUCUCGUGGAAAAGUUAUGCUUGCAUUUGAAGAUAAUGGGUCUUCGAAGAUUGGGGUUAGGUUUGAUAAAUCAAUUCCUGAUGGCAAUGAUCUUGGUGGUCUUUGUGAAGAUGAUCGCGGGUUCUUUUGUUCUGCAAAUCAUUUGUUGAGAGUAGAUGGUUCAGGGGGCGAUGACGUUGACAAGAUUGCAGUUCAAGAAAUCUUUGAGGUUGUUACCAGUCAGAGUCAAAACGGAGCAGUGGUAUUAUUCAUUAAAGACAUAGAGAAGGCAAUGGUUGGGUACACCGAGAUGUUGAAAAUUAAAUUUGAAAGCUUGCCACAGAAUGUGGUGGUAAUUGCCUCUCAUACCCAGCUGGACAAUCGAAAGGAGAAGACACAACCUGGUGGCCUUCUAUUUACGAAGUUUGGGAGCAAUCAGACAGCACUACUAGAUCUUGCUUUUCCGGAUAAUUUUGGUAGACUGCACGAUAGGAGCAAAGAAACACCCAAAGUAAUGAAGCAACUUGGUCGCCUCUUCCCAAACAGAGUGACUAUACAGCUGCCUCAGGAUGAGACCUUGCUUUCUGAUUGGAAGCAGCAGCUAGAGCGUGAUGUUGAGACUAUGAAAGCUCAGUCUAAUGUUGUGAGCAUUCGCACGGUUCUCAGCAGAGUUGGAUUGGAAUGUCCUGACUUGGAGACUGUCUGCAUCAAAGAUCAAGCCCUAACAACCGAAAGUGUGGAAAAGAUCAUUGGUUGGGCAAUAAGUUACCAGCUUAUGCACUCAUCUGAACCCUUAUCCAAAGAUUCUAAGCUUGUUCUGUCUGCAGAAAGCAUUAAUUAUGGGCUGAACAUUCUGCAUGGCAUUCAAAAUGAAAACAAGAGCUUAAAGAAAUCAUUGAAGGAUGUGGUUACCGAGAAUGAAUUUGAGAAAAAAUUGCUUGGUGAUGUUAUUCCACCAACCGAUAUUGGGGUGACAUUCGAUGAUAUUGGAGCUUUGGAAAAUGUGAAGGACACCUUGAAGGAAUUGGUCAUGCUUCCUCUUCAGAGGCCGGAAUUGUUUUGCAAAGGGCAGCUGACUAAGCCUUGCAAAGGAAUAUUGCUUUUUGGCCCCCCUGGCACAGGAAAAACUAUGCUUGCAAAAGCUGUAGCAACCGAAGCUGGAGCGAAUUUUAUCAACAUUUCAAUGUCCAGCAUUACUUCGAAGUGGUUUGGUGAAGGAGAAAAAUAUGUCAAAGCAGUCUUUUCACUGGCCAGCAAGAUUGCUCCAAGUGUUAUUUUCGUCGAUGAGGUUGAUAGUAUGUUGGGAAGACGGGAAAAUCCAGGUGAGCACGAGGCUAUGCGUAAAAUGAAGAAUGAGUUUAUGGUUAAUUGGGAUGGUCUGCGUACAAAGGAUAAAGAACGUAUACUUGUUCUUGCUGCUACGAAUAGGCCAUUUGAUCUUGAUGAAGCUGUUAUUAGGAGGCUUCCACGAAGAUUGAUGGUUAAUUUGCCAGAUGCUCCAAAUAGAGAAAAAAUUCUAAAAGUCAUUUUAGCAAAGGAAGAUUUGGCAAUGGACGUUGAUUUGGAUGCGUUGGCAAAUAUGACUGAUGGAUAUUCAGGGAGCGAUCUAAAGAAUCUUUGCGUCACAGCGGCUCACUGCCCAAUAAGAGAGAUCUUGGAGAAGGAGAAGAAGGAGAGAAGUUUAGCACAAGCUGAGAACAAACCUUUGCCGAGAUUGUGUAGCAGUGCCGAUAUUCGACCCUUAAAGAUGGAAGAUUUUAAAUAUGCACAUGAGCAGGUGUGCGCGAGUGUGUCAUCGGAAUCAAACAAUAUGAAUGAGCUACUCCAAUGGAAUGACCUUUACGGAGAAGGCGGCUCGAGAAAAAUGAGAUCAUUGAGCUAUUUCAUGUGAAAGCCUCUCUGUAUAGCUGCACUUCUUGCUUAGGCUAAUUCUUCUAUCACACCUAAAUGGUGGAGCAAGGUCAGUGACCAGUUGUAAUGGAAUUUUCCAUCAUUUUGGUCCUGUCCCCUUUUGUAUUAUAUCAUAGGUUUUGUUCUUUAUUUUUUGCUUUCAUCCCUCAUCACCAUUCUCUAUUUUACCUAUUCAAAUUUUUUCAUACUUAAUUAGAAUUAUUUGACAAUUUUCAUUGGAGAUAAAGCUUUACUUUUAGGUCCCUUUGCUGAUCCAACUCUUCUCUCUCCCCCUCGUUCUUCCUCCCUAAAGGCUUUGUGGGGUGUUCUGUUUGUACAUAGCAAACUUUUUUUUUUCUCUUUUAAGGAAUAAAGUUCUUAUUUUUCAUGAUA